AUGGUGUAUCCAAUGCCCUUGUUUAUCGAUCUAAUCGAAGAUCUGGAAUCGACGCUUUGGUACUGUUCUUUGGACAUGACAAGCGGAUUUUGGGUGGUUAAAAUGAAGGAUCGAGCCCGCUUGAUCUCAGCUUUUAUCACGCCGUUCGGGUUAUUUGAAUCGAAUCGGAUGCCUUUCGGUUUGAAGAAUGGUCCCCAGAUCUACCAACGUAUGAUCGACAACGCGCUAUAUGGAUUCACGCGGAUCUCGAAGUCCGAAGAUCACGGAGGUAUUCUAGAUGUAUUUGAAGACGGGGAACCGGUGGAUCCAGGCAGGCCAUCGGUGCUUAGACGCAGAUCAUAUAUCGACGAUAUCCUGAUACCAGCAAAUGACUGGGAUCAACUAUGUGACCGAGUCGAAAAUCUGCUCAAAGCGUGUGACGAGUGGAAUUUGUCGAUCAGUGUGGUUAAGAGCUUUUGGGGAAUGCCCAGGGUGGAAUACCUGGGGCAUAAGAUCUCGCAUAAUGGACUGGAGGCGAAUCCGAAAGAUCUGUCCGCAUUGACUAAUCUAGCCUUUCCAGGAUCACUCAGAGCUAUGCAAUCAUUCUUGGGAAGUCUGAACUAUUAUAGCCGAUUCAUUGAAGACUACGCGAUCUACGCGUCGGUUCUGUACGAAUUGCGAGAAAUCGACUGUGCUGCGAUGACAAAGGAGGCUACUCAAGCGCGGAUCCAAACAAAUCAAGGAUCGCAGGAAGAUCGGGGUGUCGACCACCGACAGACCUUGGAUCUGGAGGCGCCCGACCCUAUCGAGGUGGAUUCGCGAUGGAUCCAUGCCCAUCGGUCCUUCAACGUGCUUAAACCCAGGAUUGCUACCACUCCGAUCUUACGACAUUUUGACCCAGAUCGGAAAGCCACAGUGGUGCGAUUGGGCCUCUCGGGAGCGUUGAUGCAAGAAUACGACCAGAUCUACUAUCCCGUGACGUUUGCAAGCCGUACUCUGAAGUCGAACGAACUAAACUACGGCAUCGCGGAGAAGGAUGUACUAGCCCUUCUGAGGAUCCUGGAUCUUAAUUACAAUGCGUUGGUUGGGCGUCCGAUCCAUGUGUUGACCCGACACUCAACAAUGGCGUGGCUUUUCAGUUCCACGGCCUUGUAA